AUGGCGGCAAAGUACGGCCUAAUGCUACAUCAGAUGGACGUCAAGACAGCGUUUCUUAACGGCUCCCUCAACGAAGACAUCUACAUGGACCAGCCGGACGGAUACCUGGAUGCAACACAGCCGGACUAUGUGUGCAAGCUAAAGAGAUCACUCUACGGCUUGAAGCAAUCGCCUCGCAUGUGGAACCAAACAAUCGAUGGGUUCAUGAUCAAGAUGGGAUUCAAGAAGUGCGAAUCGGACCACUGCAUCUACAUCAAGCGAGACGACCAAGACAUGAUUCUCGUGGUGCUCUACGUCGAUGAUCUCAUCCUGGCCAGCAGCAACAACGAACUCCUCAAGUCGACCAAGAUGGCGCUGAGCAAACGCUUCGAAAUGACGGGUCUCGGUGAGCUCGAUUACUUUCUCGGCAUGGAGAUCAAGAACGACCGUAAGACGGGAAUGGUGACUGUGCAACAAACCAAGUUUCUCAAGUCCGUGUUGACCAAGUUCGGAAUGGAUAACAGCAAGCCAGUGAAGACGCCUCAAGAUCCCGGCCUGAAGCUAACCAAGAACAUGUGUGAACAAGAAUGCAAGCACGAAGACACCAUGUGCAACGUGCCAUAUCGAAGUGCUGUCGGAGGCAUCAUGUAUCUCAUGGUCGCCACACGUCCGGAUCUAGCUGCUGCAGUGGGAUCAUUAUCCCAGUUCUCGUCCGACCCAUGCCCGACUCACUGGCAAGCUUUGAAGCGUGUGCUGAGAUACCUGCAAGCAACGCCCAAUCAUGGUCUUGAGUUUACACGUGAAGAAGGAAGCCGUAUCUGCGGGUACACCGACGCAGACUGGGCCGGCGACAUUGAGUCAAGACGAAGUACAAGCGGCUAUGUGUUCAUGAUGAACGGAGGAUGCAUCAGCUGGAAAAGCCAGAAACAACGGACGGUCGCGCUAUCUUCAACAGAAGCAGAAUACAUGGCGCUUUCCGAAGCAACCAAAGAAGCAGUAUGGCUCAAGGUGCUUUUGGGGGAACUUGGUGAGAUGACAAGCGACGAAGCGAUCAAGAUGUAUGAAGACAACCAAGGAUCAAUCGCUCUCGCCAAGAACCCGGAGUUCCAUAAGAGAACAAAACACAUCGACAUACGCUACCAUUUUGUGCGUGAGAAGGUGGAAUCAGGUGAAGUCGUUUUGGAGUAUUGCCCGACUCAAGAUAUGCUGGCAGACAUGAUGACCAAGCCGAUCGCCGCUGUACAAUUUGAAAACAUUCGCGAUCGACUUGGGAUCCAAGGUGCCGCAGCUAACGAGUCGAGAGGGAGUGUUGAAAAGACAGCGGCUGUGAAGAAGACACCUCGUCAAGCUGCGUCAAGUGUUGAAGCAAGUGGAAGACCAAGCUUCGCUAUACCGGUGGGUACCGGUAUGUACCAGUAA